AUGGCGCAACCCGAUACACCAGUCACACCGCUCAUCAUCAAUAAUGAGUCGGUGGUCACCGACAUCAAAUUCGACGUGCGCGCUCCCGCAACAGGCGAGUUGUCAGGUCACUGCACCGGCGCAUCCGUCGACGAUGCGCUGCGCGCCGUCGAGGCCGCAAAGGCUGCCUUCCCCGCAUGGCGCAAAUCAAAGCCGUUCGACCGUCGCGAUGUGUUGAUGAAGGCCGCCGAUAUCAUGGCAUCGCGCAAGGAGGAGCUGAUCCAGUACCAACGCGAAGAGACUGGCGCCGGACGACCAUUCUCCGAACAUACCUUCAAUCUGGGCGUGGAUUUCAUCCGGGAUUUCGCAGCGCGUAUCUCCACGAUCGAGGGUUCCGUACCCAAUGUCACUAGGGACGGGGAGGGCGCGAUGGUGUUGAAGGAGCCAUACGGGGUGAUUCUGUCGAUUGCGCCAUGGAACGCGCCCUUCAUCCUAGGCACUCGCGCCAUCGCCCUUCCGCUGGCGGCGGGGAACACCGUCGUCCUCAAGGGCUCGGAGCUCUCCCCCAAGUGUUUCUGGGCACUCGGCGACAUCUUCCGUCAAGCCGGUCUUCCGGCAGGAUGUUUGAAUGUUGUCUAUCACAACACCCCCGACGCUGCGCAGGUGACCACCGCGCUGAUCGCCCACCCGGCCAUCCGCAAGAUCAACUUUACCGGUAGCACUCAGGUCGGCGCGAUCAUCGCGGCCACGGCGGGCCGACACAUCAAGCCCGUGCUUCUUGAGCUGGGCGGCAAGGCGUCGGCGGUGGUUCUGGACGAUGCCAAUCUGGAGAAGGCAGCCAUGAACUGCGCGAUCGGGUCAUUUAUGCAUUCCGGUCAAAUAUGCAUGUCGACCGAGCGCAUUGUAGUGCAGCGCUCGAUCGCGGCCCAGUUCCGACAGAAGCUGGCUGAGACGGCGGAGACGCUGUUUGGCAAGGAUGCGCCGGCGUUGGGCUUGGUUAACUCGGCGGCCGUCUCAAAGAACAAGAACUUGGUCGCCGAUGCCGUUUCCCGCGGCGCCAAUCUGCUGUUCGGGGAUGCGCAGUCAAACGAAUCCAUCAACACCAUUAUGCGACCCAUCAUUGUGGACAAUGUCACCAAGGACAUGGACAUGUAUGCGACCGAGUCCUUUGGUCCCACGGUGUCUUUGAUGGUGGUGGAUACCGAGGAGGAAGCAGUUGCGCUAGCCAACGACACCGAGUAUGGAUUGACUGCAGCCGUCUUUACCAACAACCUGUUCCGCGGGUUGCGCGUGGCUAGACAGAUUGAUUCCGGAGCUGUCCACAUCAACUCGCUCACCGUGCACGACGAGCCUGUCUUGCCCCACGGUGGAUGGAAGAGUAGCGGGUUUGGCCGCUUCGGGGGAACCUCGGGCUACGACGAGUUCUUGCAGACCAAAACUGUCACUUGGAUGGAGUGA